AACAUGCCCCAUAAGUAAAAAUUCAACGGAUUAAAGUAAAACGAGUAAAUUGCUUGACUUUGAAUUAAAACCCGUUCGACAAGUAUAUAUCCAUAAUAUAGAUAAAGGAAAGGUAUUUAGCCCCCAAUUCUGUCCAAACUCUCGCGAUGUCGGAUUAUUUCAAGUUCAAUAAGAUCUUCGAUAGCCAAACUGUGCGCGGACGUGCCAACGUUGCCAAGGCCACUUGGGCCUCGGUGGGACUCAUCUAUGUGCUGGUCAAGAUGCGACGCCGCAAUGCCAAGCGUCGGGAGGCCUUCAAGUACUGCAAGGGCUGCCAGCAGAAGCUGUUCCUCUAAUUAUGCAUGCACGCAUUGUUCUAUCAAAUGGUCUGGUCCCAUCGCCAAUCCCCCCCAUGCUAGCACGUCAAUGUCCCAUGAAUUCCCCAGAAGUUAAGCGUUAACCAAAUCUCUUGUGUUCUGUUCAGCGUUAAUAAACUAUUUCACAUUUCGAGCGUCAA